AGGAAAUCAUUGUACCACGUGGAAAAUGAAAAAUAUAAUUUUGUAAAAUAAAAAUAGUUGACUGUUGCCAGUUUCCACCAAUAUUACACCAUUUGUCGCGAGACUUGAGAAAACGCCAUUGAAGAUCAAAAUUCGAAGCCUUUUUCCAGAAGAAAGGGUAGUUCGUGUCAGUGAGAAACCAUGGGAAUACAGAAGAUUGAGACCGGUCACCAAGAUACAGUACAUGAUUUUCAAAUGGAUUACUAUGGAAAACGUAUAGCCACAGCAUCAUCUGACCACACAAUCAAGAUUAUUGGGGUGAGCAACAAUUCCCACCAGCACCUUGCUACCCUCAGUGGUCACCAAGGCCCAGUUUGGCAGGUUGCUUGGGCUCAUCCAAAGUUUGGGUCGAUCCUAGCUUCAUGUUCUUAUGAUGGGAAGGUCAUAAUCUGGAAGGAAGGUAAUCAGAAUGAGUGGUCACAAGCUCAUGUCUUUGAUGAUCACACAUCCUCAGUUAAUUCAAUCUCAUGGGCGCCUCAUGAGCUUGGACUUUGUCUUGCUAGCGGAUCAUCAGAUGGGAAUAUUAUGUUCUAUACUAUGAGGUCUGAUGGUGGUUGGGAUUCAAAUAAGAUAGACCAAGCUCACCCUGUUGGAGUGACCUCUGUUUCUUGGGCACCCGCCACUGCUCCUGGUGCUCUUGUAGCUUCUGGAGUACAUGAUCCUGUCCAAAAACUCUGUUCAGGAGGUUGUGACAAUACGGUGAAGAUUUGGAAACUCAAUAAUGGGAUUUGGAAGAUGGAUUGCUUCCCAGCUCUCCAAAUGCACACUGAUUGGGUUAGGGACGUUGCUUGGGCACCAAAUCUAGGGCUCCCAAAAUCCACUAUUGCAAGUGCAUCACAAGAUGGGAAGGUGAUUAUAUGGACAGUCGCAAGGGAUGGUGAUCAGUGGGAGGGCAAGGUCUUGAAUGAUUUCAAGACCCCAGUCUGGAGGGUGUCGUGGUCCCUAACGGGCAACAUCUUGGCUGUUGCAGAUGGUAACAACAAUGUGACAUUGUGGAAUGAGGCUGUUGAUGGGGUUUGGCAAAUGGUUUCUACCGUUGAUUCUUGAGAUGGAAUAAUUUAUUGAGUAACUUCUUCUUGGUAUGUUCAGAGUAUGUUCUCUAGUAACUUUGCGCGGGAAUUUUAGAUCUUUUUUCUGCUUCUCUCGCUGCUUUUGUCUGUCCUCUUUGAAUUACAUGAUUGUGUUCUGUUGGAAUAUUGUUCACAUUCAAGUUCCCGAAAAUGCUAACAUGGCAUUCAUUAGAUUUUAAUCAUCUUAUCAUUCUUUGCCCAGGGAAGGCUAAAGGCUUUAAUGUAUUAUACUGAUAAUAGAGAGUUUAAAUUGUUCAAAAAUAA